CCGGUGCCCUCUGUUCAUCUUUCGGCACAAAUCCACUAGAAAUGGAAAGCUACGUAGCCGGAUAACUUUUGUGUUGUUUUAUUUAUUGAAUAAACCCACUUGAUGUCGAAGAUAUGGAAUCUAAAAUAAAAUAGCAGUGCACAACUUUUAUUUACAUUACUGCAGGGCUCCAUCACGUAGAAGCGGCCACCACCGAAAUGACCAACCUGAACUGGAAACCGUUCAUCUACGGAGGGAUGGCCUCUAUUGUCGCAGAAUUCGGUACAUUCCCCAUAGAUCUGACUAAGACGCGGCUGCAGGUGCAGGGCCAGUCCCAGUACAUGGAGGUGCGCUACCGGGGCAUGUUCCACGCCCUGUUCAAGAUCGGCAAGGAGGAAGGCAUCAAGGCACUGUACUCUGGCAUCUCCCCAGCUCUCCUGAGGCAAGCCUCCUACGGGACCAUCAAGAUUGGGACAUACAACACACUGAAGAGGUUAUUUGUGACCCAUCCGGAAGAUGAGACCAUGGUGAUCAAUGUGUUCUGUGGAGUGGUGUCUGGAGUCUUGUCCUCCUCUCUGGCCAACCCCACUGAUGUCGUCAAGAUCCGCAUGCAGGCCCAGGGCAGUCUGUUACAAGGCAGCAUGAUGUCCAACUUCAUUAGCAUCUACCAGACGGAGGGAACCCGUGGCCUGUGGAGGGGCGUCAUCCCUACAGCUCAGCGGGCAGCCAUCGUAGUGGGAGUGGAGCUUCCUGUCUAUGACAUCACUAAGAAGCACCUCAUCAAGUCUGGCACCAUGGGAGACACCAUACUCACACACUUUAUUUCCAGUUUUAUGUGUGGCCUGGCGGGGGCGCUAGCCUCCAACCCAGUGGACGUAGUGCGGACACGUAUGAUGAACCAGCGAGUGCUGUCAGGGAACCCCAUGUAUAAAGGCACGCUGGACGGAGUAAUGCAGACAUGGAAGAACGAGGGAUUCUUUGCCCUGUACAAGGGCUUCUGGCCCAACUGGCUGCGGCUGGGGCCAUGGAACAUCAUUUUCUUCAUCACAUUCGAGCAGCUGAAGAAACUCAACUUGUAGUUGGACAGGAAGUGGACACCCCGUCGGACUAGAUGCAGGGAUGGGCAACUCCAGUCCUCGGGGGCCGGAGUGUUGUCCCACUUUUUCCCCAUCCCUAGCAAACACAACUGAUUAAGGCCAGGCACCAUACCAUAUUGGGGAUUUUAUUUUAUCUUAAUCAUAUAACAAUCUACUUUUCCUAGUUGAAUAUAGACAAAGUUUUGUAUAAAUGUUUGAAAUAUUAAAAGAUAUGCAAAUUAGGUAAUAAGUAUACAUAUUUACAUACCAUACAAAUUAAUUUUUUAUAGAUGCUGGAUGAAUUCUGCCUAAAUGUUUGUUUCAGUUUAAGACACUCCAGGACCUGACUUGUCCAGAGCAGAUUCUGGAUAAACUUUUUAUCUUUAAAAACUUGUAUAUUUAAAAAAUUCAUUUUUUGUGUGCAAUUUUCCAAAUGUUAUCUAGAAUUUUAAAAAGUUUCAUCAACAAUUCCCCCUGGGCAAGUCUGGAGAAUAUAUCUAAGGAUAACUACACACAAUUAGAAUGCAGAUGCUUCUGAAGCUGAGAAAAAUAAGUUGGCGGUGGGAAGAGUCUGACUUUUUGGAAAUGGCAGGUAAAGACAAGUACACUGAAUUAAGAAUACCAAAAGCCUAUUCAGACCAAAUCACCAUCUCUUCAAAGUAAGUUAUUACAUGUAGUCCAGUUUGGAACAUUCUAUGAAAUGAGCUUCGAAAUUGUGUAAUUCAGUGAACUUUAAAAUGAUUGAUGUAUGUCCAAUUUUAAAGUGGUUAAAAUUCAUAAUGUUGAUGACGGUAGUAUGAUCAACUAAAGAAAAUAUACAUUUAUCAAGUUCGACAUUUUUAAGUUUACUUCUUGAAAAUACUAAAAUGAAUUAACCAAAAUGCCAACAAACCUCAAAAUUGAUAGGUAGAUGCAAAAAUGUCACUUCGGCCUGUGGUGCCUGGCCUUAAACUGAAGAUCAUGAUUAGUUGAUUAUUGGAGUCCGGUGUGUUAGCUUGGGCUAAAGUGUGACAACAAUCAGGCCCCCGAGGACUGGAGUUGCCCAUUACUGGUCUAUAGUGUGUUGGAGAGCGGGAAACCCCACAACACCCCAGCCCACGUGUCAAACUCAUUCCACGGAGGUCCGAGUGUCCAGGUUUUCACUCCUCCCUUGUACUUGAUUGAUGAAUUAAGGUCACUAAUUAGUAAAGAACUCCUCUCACCUUGUUGUCAAGGUCUUAAUUAAAAGGAAAAAACAAAAACCACUAGGCCAGGGUUAUUCAACUCUUACUCUACGAGCAUGCUGGUUUUCUGUUCUACCUGAUAAUUAAUUGCACACACCUGGUAUCUCAGGUCUAAAUCAGUCCCUGAUUAGAGGGGAACUAUGAAAAAUGCAGUGGAACUGGCUUUGAGGUCUAGACUUGAGUUUGAAAACACUAGGCCCUGCAUGGAAUGAGUUUGACGCCUCAGCCCUUCGUCCUUGUUACAUUCACAAUCCCUCCCUCUGUCACACAAUCUGUAUGUCUGUGCAUGCUCAUCUAAGUGUUAUUUUAGUUUUAUUUGAACUUUUAAUAAUAUUGAUAGUAUAAAAAAAAUCAUUUAAAGUUAUUAGUUGUAUUAUGUUUUUUAAAACACUUCUUCAUACCCCUCAACCACCCUUGAGGCCUCUCCUGGCAGCUAAACCUUAGGUUGUAGCUGAGGACGGAAGCCUGUUUGGGCCAUAAGGUAUUAGCUAGGUAGGUUGCCUGCCAGCUUGCUACCUUCUUAGUGAGGAGGAGGACUAUCCUGGGUGGAACGGGAACUGGAGAUCUACUUGAGCUUAUUUAGAGAGAUGUGGAAUGGGCCUCUGUUUGUGUCUGACCUAGUUUUUAACCGCAUCUCUGCACUUCAUGGGACAUGCAGGAAAAAGACAAAGGUUUUAUGUAAUUUCAGCCAGAAAGUAGCGCUCACGAGCCAAAACUGGUUCUGAAAAUUGUGCACAGCUGUGUACGUCAACUAUUUUGUAUAUGUUCCUUCCUGAAAUUAAAAAAAAAAAGAAGUUGUCCUGCAAUUCGUAUGAUAUGUUACGUAUUCCAAUUCGUACAAUAUGUUACAAAUGUAAAGAUCUGGUUCAAUCUCUUUAAAUGUUUAGAAUUGUUGUUUUGCCUGUCUGAUCUGACGUUUGAAUAAUCUAUUCACUGUUUUGGGCAGCGCUAGCUAGCAGAGGAUGCAUGAUGGGUUAACCGGGUUUUUAUUGUCAAAUCAUUUAUUCUCAAUGACUUACCUUUUUAAGAAAAGGUUACAAUAGAUUCUGUUUUGUCUUUUAGAGGAACUCAGGACAAAGCUGAGACUCUAUCUGUAUGGCCAAUAAGAUGGGAUUGGGGACUCUUUUGUCAUUACUUGAAUGCAGUCUGUUGUUGAACCAAAGCCACCAGUUGUUCCCCGAAGAGUGACUGCUUUCUGUGCAUUUCACUACAAAACCCCCCGAAUACCUGAUAAGUUGUUGGCGCACGCACAAAUUCUACUGUAAAAAACAUGUCACUUUUCGUCAGAAGGUAGUAUAACUAUUGAAAGGUUUUAGAUUGUUAUUUUCCUUUGCCCUCUCCAAGUCCCCUGACCUCUGUGUGAAACAGAGAUAUGUUUUUUCUUGUCCGGAACAAGCAUGGCAGUGGAAGCAAUUAGGACAUUUCUUGGACCUGCCUGGUUGUCAUGGUGAUUCCCAUAAGUACAUUAUGUACAUGUAUGUACAGAGAGACACAUGUGAAGGUGGAUACACCAUAUUGUGACAGGCAUGUCUAGCUUGUACAUAAAGCUACUUCAGAGUACUUGCUUUUUGUUUCUAUUUUGAGGUUUGCGUAAAGCCCUGAAUAGAAAUGGCCUGUAGUACUAGGAUAUGGGGGCCGUAGUGCCAAAGUGUGCAUGUACUGCACCGCUGUUGUAAAGCGCUGUCCCUGAAUAGGUCAGUGUUGGCUAGGUACCAGGAGAACUGCACUGUUACAUACUUACUCAAGCCUUACACUUUACUUUCAUAAUCAUGUUUCUAAUUUCUAUGAUGCCUCUUUCUGUGCCUCUGCCUCAUGUCCCAUGGUCAUGUUGAGUUGKGUUUUUAUUAGAAUGACAAGUUUUGUUGUAGCAUUUCCAGAUCAUGUAUAUGGAUAUUAGGUGUGAGAGAUGUGGGUGUUAUGUACUGUGUAAUUAAUUGAAACCAACGUCCUGUUUUCUUUAGGUUUGAUUUUUACAGAUCAUGCUUACGGGCGGCAGAUGGCCUAGCGGUUAGAGUGUUCGGUCAGUGACCGAAAGGUUGCUAGUUUAAAGCCCUGAGCCAACAAGUUGAAAAAUGUGUCUGUGCCCUUGAGCAAGGAACUUAGCCCUAAUUGGUCCAUGUUCGCCGUUGAUAAUGGCAGACCCUGGCCGUGACUUCACUCUCCAAGGGUGUCUGAGUUGGGAGAUGGAAAAAAAUAAUAAUAAUAAAUCACAAAUGCGUAUGAAUAGACUUGUACAUGUGUGAAAUAGGACAAUUAUAAGCAUUCAUUUGUUGUUUCAGCAGUCAUGUUUUAAUAAGCCGUCCUUUCAGCUUUACCAUGAUGAUGUGUCUUUACCAUGAUGUAAUACUUUUUUCCCACAGAGAAUAUUGUGUGGGAUUUUUUCCUUUUAAACACAUCCAUUGUUUGUGUGGAAGAGACUAUUAUAUUGGCUAAUAUAUUUAGUCAGAUUUAUUGAAAAAUAUGAAUGAAUAACUUUUAUUUUUA